AUGGUUGGUUUUGUUAACCGGCCCCACCCAAAGCAUUUUCCUUCCAUGCAGACAGUCUUCUGGGCUAAACCGCCUUCUGGGUGGGUGAAAGUGAAUGUGGAUGGAUCAGCGUGCGAGAAUCCAGGCCUAUCUGGAGGUGGCGGAAUCUACAGAAGAGAUGAUGGCAGGUUUGUUCUUGCCUUCUCAUCAGCCUAUGGGGUGGGUUCGAACAACCAAGCGGAGAUUCGGGCCAUAUAUGAUGGUAUUAUCCUUUGUCUGGAUAGAGGCUUUUCAAAAAUUAUUGUGGAAACAGAUUUAAAGGUUGCGGCAAGGCUUCUAUCAGGGACUUUAGCCACGUCUUGGAAUUGGAAGCCCUGGGUCGCUAGGAUCAAGAGUUUGGUACAUGCAGCUGAAUUGGUAUUCUCGGUUAUUCCCAGGGAAGGAAAUGGUCCGGCUGACGGUAUGGCUAGGGAGGCUAGUGGGACUCAGGCGUCUAUUGUGAUUUCUCAUUAUCGGGAUCUUCCUCCCCACAUUCGAGGCCUUCUGUUCUUGGAUAAGGUUGGGUUAGGUGUAGUUAGAGAUACCAGAGUGAAGAUGUAA